AUGGAAGUUCUGGAGAAUUCAUUGGUGCAACUGCUUAGUGAUAGCGCUGAAGAAGCGAACAAUGAAGAUGUUUCGGGAGCUCCUGAUGGUUUGCUCGCUGAUGCCGUUGAAUCAAGUGAUGAUGAAGAUAGUGAAGAGAAGCCUGAAGCCGGUUGGUCCUCGACUAUAGUUAAAUCAAGUGUAGUACCUUCUACCGAGGAUAGUGGAAUCCAAAACGACAAUGUCUAUGCAUUCAGCAAUCCAAUGAGUUUCUACAAAAUAUUCAUGACAGACGAAUUGAUGAAACUGGUGAAUGAAGAAAACCGUUAUGGAUCCGCCAGGUAUCCGACUUGGUCUGUGCUUGAAGAGCAGGAGUUCUACAAGUUCUCAGCCAUUUGUUUUCAUAUGAACAUCGAGAAGAGGUCUGUUCUCAAAGAAUACUGGUCUACAAGAAUUAUAUACAGCGGAUCUUUUGCAGCCAGACUGAUGACAAGAUACCGUUUCAUUGAGACUUUAAACUCUCUCCACUUCGCUACCUCAAACAAGGUUUCCUCGGAUUCUCACACACUGCGGACACCCCCUGGACCUAAGCGAGAACACAGUAGUCGAUGUGUGAAGUGCUACAAAAAGUUAGCGGAAGAACACGGCGCCCCUUACGCAAGAUCGAAAGCCUCGCAAUUAGACACGAAAUGUUCGAAGUGUAGGAAAUAUUACUGCCUGAAUUGCUACCGAUUGUAUCACAAAAAGUGUUCGGGAAGUUUAGAAUAA